CUGGCUUCCACGAGAGCGCUCGCGUUCACUGUUGCUUUAUGACAUUUCCAACGAGAGCUUUAUUUUGAAAUGUAUUCUCCUUCGACAACAGGAAGCUGUCCGGUCAGCAGUUGCUCGUUCUUCCGGUUACGGGACUGAUGAGAGCAAAGUGCUGCGCGAGCUGCGGGUCAAGGCUUUAACUCUCAACUCUGACACGCGUCCACUCGCGUGAACGAGCCGCUUCACGCGGCGGCCAUUGCAGCGCGUCAUCGUGACGCAGCGAUUUACAACCGUCAGACCGGAAGCGAAAACGAAACAUGAAGCUGAGGGUCCGGGUCCACCGGGUCACCAGCAGGGUGGAGCUACUGGGAGAGGAACCCAGUCUGAAGGAGCUCACGGAUCACGUCAAGGAGACCCUUCUCUCCUCUCAGGGGCUCAGUGCCGACACACAGUUCAGUUUGUCUCUGGACGGAUCGGAGCUUCUGUCGGACUCUGGUCAGACUCUGUCGUCCUGCGGCAUCGUCUCCGGAGAUCUGAUCUGUGUCGUCCUGCCUGAGUCUGCAGCCCGCAGCUCCACGACCUCCACCACCUCCACGACCUCCACCACCUCCACCAUCUCCACCACCACCACCUCCACCACCUCCACCUCCUCCAACACCAGCUCAGAGACCCAGAGGCAGCAGAACCAACAGACCAAGCAGACUGCUGCUAUGACAUCCACCCGGCCCACCAGCAGCAGACCUGCAGCCGCUGCAUCGCAGUCCCAGGAGACGUCGGACUCUGAGCCGCUGCCGGCCCCCAGCUGGGAGCCCAUGCUGUGCAGCGAGGCGCAGGACGGCCAGGCCCCUCUUUCCCUGGAGCUCCUCCACCACUCGGCCCGGACCUCCAGCCCCACGGACGCCAUCGUGGUGGCCGGACACCUCCUGAUGCUGGAGACCGGCUUCGUGCCACCGAGCGGGGAGCUGAAGGCCACUGAGAUGCCUGCAGGCUGGAGGACCCCAGCUGGAGUGUACAGGCUGCAGUACACUCACCCUCUGUGUGGCAGCAGCCUGGCCAUGGUGCUGUGUGUGCGCAUGGGCCCCGUGCUCGUCUUCAACGCGACUCUGAAGCUGAACGGCUCCGUGAACGCGGUCUGUAAACUGUGUGUGGACCCAUCCGCCUACGUGACGGACAGGUGGCCAGGGGGCAGUGCGGCCGCAGCCUUCAGGGACCUGAACAGACUGUCCCGGGUCUUCAAAGACCAGCUGGCGUACCCGCUGAUCGCCGCCGCCAGAGACGCGGUGGGGUUGCCGGUGGCGUUCGGCCUCGCCGUUCUUCCCCCUGAACUCGUGCUCCGUGUUCUCCGCCUGCUGGACGCGCCCUCGGUGCUCAGAGUGGCGUCCGUCUGCAGACACCUCGCCGUCGCCGCCGCCGACUCGUCGCUAUGGAGACACCUGUACCGCCGCGACUUCUCAGAUCGAGCUCUCAGCCGGUCCAGAGACACCGAUUGGAAGGAGCUCUACAAGCGGUUCCAUAAGAUCCACUGUGAGCGCCGUCACGUGACCCGCAGCCUGCCCCCGUUCCACCGGGACCCCUUUGUCCCCGCCCCCUUUGUCCCCGCCCCCUUCUACCCGCCCCUGCUGCCCGGCAUCAUCGGGGGGGAGUACGACCAGAACCCGGGCCCGCCCCGCCUCCUGCUCCACUGGCCUCGCUACGACCCCAUCGGCCCAGUGCCGGGCCUCAAUCGGAGGCUUCCCCGAGGGCGACCGCCGGGGGGCCGGGGGGCCGACGCCCGGAGGGGCUUCAUCUGAGUUCUUCUUCUGCAGAAAUAAACCUGCGUGUUCAAUCACACAAACAGGAAGCCGGUCACGUGUCACGGCGUGUAUAUUUCAAUAUAAACUGGAAAUAAAAAAGGUUUUGAAAAGAUUUUAUUAUUAUGUUUGCUAAACUAAACAAGUAAAAACUAUGAGCUAAUUUUUUUUAUUACCUAUAAAGUUUUUUAAAAAAUUGUUUAAUUAUUAGCUGUAUUAUCUUAACAUUAUGACUUUCUUUUCUAAAAUAAUGACGGAGAAGAUUGAAUGUUUUCUGCUUCAAUUAAAACGAUGAUUCUGAGUAAAAGACUUUAGUUUAAAGUCUUAUUCCUGUUCGGCACUUUAAUGGGAAAUAUGACAUUUAUUACACAUUACAUAUUAAUGUAAUAAUGUCAACACAUUAAUGUAAUAACAUUUCCUGCAUAUAAUGUAAUAAGUAGUACAUUUAUUACAUAAAUAUGUAAUAAGGUGUAAUACAUUAUAUUCCAUAUUAAUCUGAUAAUGUGUAAUACAUGUUGGAGGACGGAAAGAAUAAUAAAGGUUUAUUGAAACACCAACCGACG